AUGUUGGAAAAUAAUACUGUCAACUACUCUAAGUACAUUGAAUUGAUUGAUAAAAUUAAAUAUCCAGACUUGUACGCUGCUGUUUAUGAAAUACUUGAUAUUCCUGGAAAUUUAUACAAUUCAGCAAAGGUAAUUUUAAAUAAGGUAUUGCACAAAGAUGUAUUGUACUUUCCUUUCGGAUUGUUUAGCUUUGAAUGUGAAAUGUUGAAGAAGAAAUAUUACUGGAAUCUUGGAAGUCCAAAAGGUAUCACAAUAAUGCCUUCUAUUGGCGUUGGGAUUUACAAAACUGAUAAAUUUAUGUUUUCUGUGCGGGUUCAAAAGAAAAAUAUUCCUAUUUGCUCUAUAGAAGAUUUAGAUGAAACAAAUAUUUAUUAUGCAAUGGGUGUGAUGCAACUACGUACCAUUCUCUUGGCUAAAAAGAACUAUGAGAAAGAUUAUUUGUACUUACAUGAUUGGGAAAUUUUGAAAAACGAACCCGGUAUCAUGGCUUUCU